AUGAAGCGGCGCAGCGAGCGAGGGGUCGUGCCGCCGCCCGGGCCCCAGGGGGAGGGUCCCGCGGCCCGGGCUGGAGACCCCCCUGCGGGCUCCCCGCGGCCCAGGCGGAGGAGAGCAUCCUGGUUAUUCAGAACCCUAAUCCUGCAUCUCUUCGUUAUUUAUGUUUCCGUACCGUUCCUUAUACGUCUCUUUCCUGCGCUGUUGGCCAAGUUUGUCUUUCUCAAUAUUGUGGCAUUUCCCUUUGUGGACUUUGGGAAACCUGAAUUGCUGCUGAACCAUACUGUAAACUUCUAUCUCACAACCGAACCGGAGGUCACCAUCGGCGUCUGGCAUGUUUUGCCUGGCAGCAGGGGGAUAGAAGCUCAAGGGAAGGAUCACAGCUGGUAUGAAGAAACUCUUGCAGACGAUAAUCCGGUUAUAAUUUAUCUCCAUGGCAAUGGAGGUAACAGGGCUUCAGGGCACCGAGUUUCCUUGAUGAAGGUGAUGAGUGCUGCAGGCUUCCAUAUACUGGCUCUUGACUACAGAGGGUAUGGGGACUCGAGUGGCUAUCCAAGUGAGAUGGGAUUUACUACGGAUGUCAUGUGCCUCUAUGACUGGGUAAAAGCCCGGAGUGGAAAUAGCACAGUGCUCUUCUGGGGACACUCCUUGGGCAGUGGAGUAGCAACAAAUGUUGCAAGAAAACUGCUUGAAGAAAAAGGCAUCCAGGUGGACUUGAUCGUUCUGGAAUCGUCCUACACCAACAUUCGGGAGGCAGCAGCUCAUAUCCCCAUUACCAGAAUCUACCGUCAGUUCCCAGGAUUUGAGUACUUCAUCCUCGACUCAAUGGCGUUGGGUGACAUGUUUUUCCGUAGUGAUGAGAAUGUUAAAGUGCUGUCCAGUCCCCUUUUGAUUUUGCAUUCAGAAGAUGACCCUAUCUUGCCCAUCCACCUGGGUAGAAAGCUCUUUGAGAUUGCUCUCCACUCCUAUGAGAACAAAGACAAGGUCAAGUUUGUUGCCUUUCCAGAGAAGCUGGGUUUAGCCCAUGAAAACAUCUGUUCAGAUCCAGAACUGCCAGACAUUGUGAAAGACUUCCUGAAGAACAUCAAGUGAUACCAGCUACUGCAGUGUGCAUUAAUCACCCUGGGCACACUUACAGCUGAAGCCACAUCAUGGCAGAGACUUUCAACAAAACUACAAUAGAAAGUUUAAUUUGAUUUUAAUCAGCAAAUGGACUAGAAUACAUUUGUGUAGACAGACCUAGCUACUGCCAACAUAGCUUUACACCCUCCCCCCUCCCCCCUGUGCCCCCCCCCCCCCCCCAAGCUGUACCCAGGUAGGGUAAAUAGUUUGCUUUAAGCUUUGUUUUCCUUCUGAAGUGCUCUUACAUUGAGUGCAGCUCUUAAUUUUGAGCUGUUUUUGAAGCGAUAAAUAAACCUCUCCAGGGCUAUUUACAAACAUCACAGCUGUGAAACUAGUAACUUAACUACACAAUUAGGAGUCAGCACUUGAAGCCCUAUUAGCCUAGAAUUGGACUUUAACACCUUAGUAGGAACAAAGUGCUUAAUAUCUGGAGUAUGACUAUCGGGUAGUGAUUUGACCUGUGUUCAUAGGAAGAUGUUACUAAGUUAUGGUGGCCAUGCCAACAGCUAACUACAUCACGAACCAUGAAAUCUUUUAGAAUCUGAAGAAGAGGGCUGGAAAGGAUCUUGAAUGUUGUAUUAAGGUGGGGAGGUAAUUAUCCAGCUCUCCGCACUCAUGAGGCCUCAGCAGGAGUAUUAAGUCCAGUUCUUUAGGAAAUUAGAACCCGCAGGAGAACAAAAAGUGAUCACAGGUUAGAAUUAUGCAUGUUCAGUCUUGAGAAAAGAUGACUGAGUCAGGACUUGACUGUCUUCAACUGUUAAAGGCUGGGUCAAAAGGACAGUGCAGUUAGACGACUUCAUAAUGGGCUUACUUUGCAGCAAGGGAGGUUUAGGUCAGUUUUUCUUAAUACUGAAACUAAGUCACCCUUGCUCCUGAGGAAGCCUAUUAUUACUUGUUCAUGGCCACUGCAUAUAGAACACUUGACUGCUGGCUGACCAGCCCUUAGUAUUUACAGACUUGUUAGGUCUGU